AUGGAACACGACCUCGAAUCUCUGGAGCAUCAAACAGCGCCCGAGAGCACCCGUGGCCUUUUUGACCCUCCAAUGCCCAAUCCACCUACUUCUUCCAAGAGCACUGAUAAGCGUCGUUCACUUCAAGUGUUUGGUACUUUGGACAAUAGCCGGCCGGGCAAUAGACCGCCACAACAACAGCAUCAGCAGCAACAGCAGCAUGGGCGAGGACACCAACGUAGCAAGUCCGCCAUCACAUCCGACAUGUUGCCCAAUCAAAGUGGUCACCAACGCAACACAAGUUUUGGGUUACAUACUCUGGCGGAGGAAGAGGAUGGUCAAAGAAGACAUGCUGGUGCAUCAUCCGAUGAAUCUGUUACAGUGGACUCUUUGCAAACCAUGAUCAACACCUUGAAAUCACUUCCUCCUUAUUCAAAGGAUGAAAAUCCUGCUGGCUCUCCUUCCACAAGUCGAAGAAAUAGCCGUCGAUCCAUCAGCAGCUUUGGCUUGGCUCCUCAACAAGGAAGACGCAUGUCCUACAACAAUGGUCGUUCUAGCAAUGAUAGUGGCAUCGAUAUCCAGGCAUUGUUACCUAUCCCAUCUGAAAGCAAAAAGGCCAAUCGUCGUAGCAGCACUAGCAGUGGUAGUAUGAUGCAUAUGCAUACCAACAGCAUCGGUGAUGAGGAUGAAGGUGGUUCUAUUCUUUCUCGUGAAGCAGCUCGUGCUGAAGCAGAAGCCAAGUUGAUGGGUACAUUUUCCAACAACAGCAACGGUGCAGCAUCACCUGAUCCAUCAGGAUCAUUGUCUUCUUCUCGUCGUCAGUCGGUUCGUAGUUCCAUGUCCAGCGAUCUCAGCAAGCGUGUGUCACUACAGUUACCCACCGUCUCUGAGAAUGAAGGUCGUUCAGGCAAUCGUCGUAUUUCAUUCAACAAGCCACUCAACCUUGGUAACGAUACCAACAAAUCCAUGAAUCGUCGUUCUUCUAGAAACUAUGAUGAUUGGCGAUCAUCCAAUCCCUCAUCACCUGCUAUCCCAUAUUCUCCUCGUUCUGCCAACUAUCGCAACUCGUUCAACUUGGUGCCUUUUACUCCCACGCGUGUCAACUUUGCAAGAGAUGAUGCUAAUCCUCAUCAACGUCGUCCUUUGUUCAUUGCCCAUUUGCCAUUUUCAGCUUUGACACCACUUUUACGUGCUCGUCAAUUGGUGCGUGGUCUCCUCAGAGUCAACAAACGCAAUCGUAGUGAUGCCUAUGUCUCUUGUGACGAAUUGGAUUCGGAUAUCUAUAUUUGUGGUUCCCGUGAUCGUAACAGAGCACUCGAAGGUGAUGUGGUUGCGGUGCGUUUGGUUGAUGUCGACAAGGUGCUCCGUGAAAAGAAGGAAAAGGAGGAAGCAAAACUUGCACGCAAUCAUGGUCAUGUCAAGGUGCGUCUUCCCGAUGAAGAGGAUGAGAAUGAAAUCAUCUUUGGUGGUGAUGAUGAGGUCGAUACGGUGAAGCCAAAGUAUUGUGGUGUGGUGGUUGCUAUUCUUGAACGUGCAGCAAAUCAAGUUUUCUCGGGCACCUUGCAAUUGAUGCGACCCAAUAAUAAGCGUGCUCAAGAAGAAAAGGCUGCUGAAGAAGCUCAUAAGGCUGAAACGGGUCAAGCACCUGUCAAGGAAGCUCCAAGAAUUGUGUGGUUCAAGGCUACUGAUAAGCGUGUUCCAUUGAUUGCUAUCCCCAUUGAGCAAGCACCAGCUGACUUUGUGGAGAAUAAUCAUGCUUACACCAAUCGCUUGUUUGUGGGUUCAAUCAAACGUUGGCCCAUUACAUCUCUUCAUCCUUUCGGUGCUCUUGAACGCGAAUUGGGUUCCAUUAACGACAUGGAUGUUCAAACCAAGGCGAUCUUGGCCGACAACAAUGUAACGGAUACCGAGUUUGCUGAUGCUGUCAUGGAAUGCCUACCAUCCAUCCCAUACACUAUUGAUGCCGAUACACUUGCAGCUCGUCGAAACUUGUGUGAGACUCGCAUGUUUACUUUGACCUCUGUGGGCGAUGAUGUUCUCGACAAUGCUUUGUCUAUUCAAAAGCUUGGUGAUGACACAUUUGAAAUUGGUGUGCACGUGAGUGAUGUAACUCAUUUCAUCAAGCCUCACUCGGCUCUCGACAAGGAAGCUCGUGCACGUGCUAUUCGUGUUCAAUUACUCCACAAAUCGGUUCCCAUCCUUCCAAAAGAAUUGACCGAGCAGGUGACAAACCUUGUUCCCAAUGAAGAGAGACUUGCGUUCUCUAUUAUCUGGAAACUUAGCUCUUCAGGCAAGAUUCUCGACACAUGGUUGGGCAAAACUGUUGUAAAGUCAUGUGCUCAAUUGACUGUGGAAGAUGCCCAAAAGGCAAUUGAUAAUCAAGAGUUGGAUGUGAUUGCCAACAAGGAACUGCGUGAAGGAUUGGUUCAAGACAUCACAAUGCUUUAUGACAUCGCUCAAAGUCUACAUGAUUCCCGAUUCAAGGAUGGUGCCAUGUCCCAGAUGCGUGACGAAUUAACCUUCGACUUUGAUGAGAACGGGGAACCUGUCACAUUUGGUAUCAAGAAGCCCCACGCCUCAUCCAUGAUUAUCAAAGAAUUCUCUCUUUUGGCAAAUCGUUCGGUCGCACAAAAGAUAUCCAGCCAAUUCCCAGAACAAGCAUUACUCCGUCGUCAUGCACCUCCCAAUGAACGCAAGAUUCGUGAGCUUCAAGAAUAUGCGCUCAAAAGUCUUGCUGUGCCUGUUGAUAUUUCGAGUGCCGGUCGUAUCGAGCGUGCUAUUGAAUCGAUCAAGGAUCCUCAGUUGAGAAAGGUGGUUUCGGUCAUUGUGCUCAAGACAAUGCAACCACCCAAAUACUUUUGCACUGGUACCCUGGAUAUCAUGAAAUACGCCCAUUAUGCACUCAAUGUGCCAUUAUUCACCCAUUUCACCUCGCCAUCAAGCCGUUUCGCUGAUAUCAUUGUACAUCGACAAUUGGAAGCUGUAUUGACGGGCGAAAAGCGCUUCUAUCUUGAUCGUGAUACAGUACAAAAGCUUGCACAGCAUUGCAAUGUCAAAAAGGAGGCUGCCUUGUAUGCACGUGAACAAAGCAGCAUGUUGUUUUUGGCCAGCUAUUUGAACAAGCGUGGUGUACGUCCAGCUGAUGCCUCUCAUAUUACGGUUGUUCGUCGUGAAGCUAUCAUUGUUGCCGUGUUUGAUCAAUUUUUCGAUGUGACGAUUCCUGAACUCAAUAUCCAAAAGCGUAUCCACCUUGCCAAUUUGCCAACAUGGCGCUCUGAGUUUGACCAACAAGACCGUACAUUGACAUUGUAUUGGACCAAGGGCAUGGAUACAACUACCGGCAAGCAACGUUCAUGGAGCAUGUCGGAUGAUGAAGAUGAUGAUUUGGAUGAAGAGGCUCUUUUGGAGGAAAUGCGUGAUAGCACAGCUAACGGCGAAUCCAUCAGUACCAACUUACAAGAAGUCAACGACAAGCAGCAGCAACCUUCUUCCCAACAACAACAAAAAGAGCCAUCUAUCACUGCUCCACCUGCAGUUGUCCCUGAAACAACUCGAUCCACCAGCAAAAGAGCAUCCAUGGUGCAUGCUCGUCUUUCUGAGAGCACUGGUUAUAGCACUGAUCUUGGUUCACAAACAAUCAAGGCUCUUGACAAGAUCCAAGUACUUGUCACAGUCGAAAUGAUCAAGACACCUCCCUUGAUCCGUAUCCUGGCUGCCAACCCAUACGCUUAA